GCAGUCGGCCGCGCGGAGCCCGUGAGGCGGUAUAAGAGCGGUUAAACAACAUUCCCUCCAUGGCGGCGGCGGCGGCGGCCGUGUAAACGCGAUAAACACGUCGUCCGUCCGUCCGCUCGCCCUCCCUCCCGCCCGCCGGCCGACGCGUUACCACAAUACUAUUCAGUCUCGUGCAGCAGUCGUGAGUCCCACCAGUUCGUCAACAGCGUGCGCCGUCGUUGUCGUCGUCGUCGUCGUCUUGUUCACACCGUCCACCCGGUCUUUUGGCGCGCAGUCGUGUUGUUGUACUCUCCAUGUGUGUUACAUAACCAAAGGCGGCGGCGGCGUUAUCACACGGUGUGAAUUAUAAUAUUAUUGUUAUUAUUUUAGUACGGUUGACAUGUUUUGAUCCGCUGUGCAAUAAUAACAAUUGGAUCAAAAUCGUUAUUUUGGGAAAAAAAAUUAGUAUGUUAUGUCUUUGCUAAAGACUCAAUUCGUAAAUGACAAAGAUACAGAUUUAAAAGAAAAAAAAUAUGGGGAUGACCAUGAAAAAAUAUACAAUUGUAUCCGCAGACCAAAUGCACGCUUGUCAGUUGAAAAUCAUGACAUCGGGAAUGACAUCCGUGAUUUUCAUCUAAAAGAUACCAUAAUGCCAGAGAAAUUGUUCAAAGUAAUCAUAAUAGGAGACCCGACUGUGGGCAAGACAGCGUUUGUCAAACGAUAUGUACAAAAAUCAUAUAGCAGAGAAUACAAGGGUACUGUUGGUGUUGAUUUCGCAUUAAAAAUUAUCAAAGUUUCCGAAACGGAAACUAUUAAAUUACAACUAUGGGAUAUAGCAGGUCAAGAGAGAUUUACGUGGAUGACCCGCGUAUACUAUAAAGACGCACAUGGAUGUGUGAUUAUGUUUGAUUUGUCAAAUAAAAAUUCAUUUUUAAACACACUCAAGUGGAAAAAAGACGUGGAUGCAAAAUGCACACAAUUAGACGGUGGUCCAAUACCAUGUAUGUUGUUGGGAAAUAAGUGCGAUCUGCCUCAACGUCAAAUUGAUCAAUUGGAUAUCGAGGCAUUCUAUAAAGAAAAUAAUUUUAUUGGCUGGACUGAGACUUCGGCUAAAGACGGACUGAUGGUUAACGAUUCUAUGCAGUUUUUAAUCAACUCCAUGUUGGGACAGUACAACGACGAAAUCGAUCAACCGGAACUCGUAAAACUCUCUGGUCCUAAUGCGGAAAAUAAGAAAUCGUGUUCAUUCUGUUAGCCAACGAUCAAUGUUUUUAACGUUAAGUAUAUGUUUAUACUGUAUCGUUCUUGUACAUUCGUCAUUUAUCGCUAAUUUCAACGAAUGAUUAAAAUACAAUAUUUUGUUGAAACACUUGAAACUAUAUUAUAUACUAUUAAGUAUGUGUUGUAAUUAAUUUUAAGCUUCAAGACAUUUAGGUCUGAUCUAUCUGGCUGUUGCCUAUAUUAGCACCAAUAAGGUACUAUUAUAGCAAUACAAUUUAAUAUUCUAUUUUUGAAUUUCAUUAAUAUAUAAUACUUAUUUCUGUUUUUGUAAUUUAUGAUUUAAACAUUUUAAACUAUCAAGUGGGCCACUGUGCUUUCGCGUUUUCUAAUGUCAACUAUAAGCAAUAAAAACAAAACACCAAAGCCCAUCCUGUAUUGUAUGUUUCAUAAUUUUUUUCAUUCAUAACAAUGUUGAUUAUUACCAUUUUUACAUGUUUAAACUGUAUCAUAAUAUGAAUGAGUGAAUGAAUUUUACUAUACAGAAAUUUAGAAAUCUAGAAUAUAAAAAUGUGUGUUUUAAAUGUGUAUGUUACUAGUUUAAUACUACAUUAUUUUAUUUUUUUUAUACAUAUACAAUUACCAUGUUGAAUUACUUGAAAAUACAGUACGAUUUUUCAAUAUGA